AAAAACCCUGUCAAAGAAAAACACGCACUACGUGAAGUCUCUAGCUCAAAAAGAAAAAAGUAAAUAAUUGUUUAAUUCGAAUAACUAAUUCUGUUAUUUCUUUAGAUUGUGUGCACAUAUAAUAGUUUUGUUUUUAAAGGGAGUGUGUUUGCCAGUAAUAUGGACAGCAGUAAUAUUAUUAUAUGGCAAUGUGUACACAAAGCAUUUAGCUAGCGAUUAGCUUAGCGUCCGUCGUUCAUCAGAUCAUAACUUGCCACGCGUAUUGGUGGCGUAUGCUAUGCUAUUCUUUGGCGCAUGUCCUUAGAUCCUUUUUCAGAAUAGUGGCUUUUAUUUGAGGAGUUUAUUUGUGUUGCAAAAAUUAUUGUAGCGGUAGAGCCACAAAUUUGUCCCGUGCUGGUGUAAUGAAGUUUUUUGUGUCUUUUUUUUUGUAAAUGGUUGAUAUCAUUUUGAGAUUAAAUUAUUAUUAUUAUUAUGCCUAUGUAGCGGUCCUUAACCUGGCACAGAGUGCAGAGUCACCAGUGAAUUCAUCACUGCCAACCAUUAGACUCAAUGAGCUUAUCAGAGCAGGGCAGGCUGAUGUAGCCAUUAGUGCAAUAAUCAAACUCAAGGAGUCAAGAGAAAUCUUGACUAAUGAUGACAGGAGGAGAGCGAGUGGCCGUGUUAAAAGACUUAUGCACGAGUGGAGAAAACUGCGGAUGGAGGGAGACGUGCUAUACAGGAUAUCUGGUGAACGAAAACAGCUUGUUCUACCUGCUGAGUAUCGACGUUUGGUUUUAAGACACCUUCACAACAACAUGGAUCAUUUGGGGUCAGAAAGAGUUAUUGGACUAGCCAGAGACCGGUUCUAUUGGCCUUUCAUGAAAAAAGAUAUUGAGGCCUAUGUCACUCAGCAAUGUCCCUGUAUCAAACAAAAGAAGCCAGUGGUCCAUGUCAGAGCACCUAUGGGGAACAUUGCAACUAGUGCACCCUUAGAGUUGGUUUCGAUAGACUACAUGCAUUUAGAGCAGAGCAGGGGUGGAUACGAGUACAUCUUAGUAGUCAUUGACCAUUUCACAAGAUUUUCCCAAGCGUACCCCACGCAAAACAAGUCAGGUAAAACAGCCGCAGAGAGAAUAUUCACAGACUUUAUACCUCGCGUUGGAUUCCCAACCAGACUGCAUCAUGAUCAGGGUCGGGAAUUCGAAAAUGCCCUGUUCAGGACUUUACAACAGCUGGCAGGAGUCUCUCACUCCAGAACCACCCCGUACCAUCCACAGGGAAAUCCAGCGGAGGUUUAACCCCACGUUACUCCAAAUGCUGAGGACACUGGAGCAGGAACAGAAGAACAACUGGAAGGAGCUCUUGCCACAGGUAGUGCAUGCAUAUAAUAUAUGCACCAGACAUGAGGCUACAGGGUUCUCACCCCAUUAUCUGAUGUUUAGGCGUCACCCUCGCCUCCCUAUCGGCCUAGUGUUUGACCUUCCCAUUGACAAGACAAAUGGAACACCACAAACCUACACAGAGAAAUGGGCUGCAAGAAUAAAGAAGGCCUACCGCAUAGCAACAACAAACAGUCAACAAUCCAGUCCACGAGGCAAGGGAUACUAUGACCGUAACAUAAAGGGGGUUGUACUGACACCCAGUGACAGAGUUCUGGUACACAAUAUGAGUGAGAGGGGAGGGCCAGGAAAGCUCAGACCCUAUUGGGAACAAACAGUGCAUGUAGUGAUAGAACAAGUGAAUGACAACCCUAUUUACAAGGUGCGGCCAGAGAAAGGUGGGAAUACUGUGCGGACUCUUCAUCGGAAUCUCCUCCAUCUUGUCAAUGACUUGCCUGUAGAUGAAGCUCAGCCACCCGAGGAAGGAACAACAACAAAAGGCAGAGAAAAGAAUAAGAGGGUAACUCAGGAACACAGAGCACAAUUUCAGAGUAGCAGUCCCUCCGAUUUUGAUGAGGAUGAUGGCCCUCGAACACAUUACUGGUUAAGGAAACAAGGACAGACUGGACCACAGAGAGCCACCAUGCCUGUCUCGUUCCCACUGUCAACCGAACAGACAGGACUGACCCCAAUUGCAACAGAACCCAGGGCACGGCCUGGAUUCACAUUAGGGGAGAAUGCACUAAACCAGGACCAGUUUGGCAGACAUGAUUGUGGACGGAGAGAGAGAUGGAACAGGAUGAGAGUGGGUAUGAACAGGUAACCCACUAUGAUGAUGGACAGAUGGUGGAACAGGACCAAGCCUCUGGCAAUGACAGUUUCAAACAUGAAGCCUUUCAGAGGGAACCGGUAAGAAGAUCAACUCGGCCCAAAAGACUUCCUCAGACACUGACAUAUGAUUCUCUUGGUCAUCCGUCCUACCAGCCACAGGGAUGGGUCAACACCAUUGGGCAGUAUGAAGUACAAACUAUACCACUGAUGACAUCAGCCCUAGUGCCACACUGUAUAUUCUUCCAGGCACCUUCAUACAAGUCUUUUCCCUAUGUCGUUCCUGCAUUUGUAUGUUAAUACAGGUACAAAUUAGCCGUGUAAAUUAGUUUUUUUGGUAUUUAGCUUUUUAGUAUGUGGAUAUGUCGGGAGACCUUUUUUUUUUGGGGGGGGGGGGAGUGUGACCCAUACAUAAUGUGGUCACAUUCUUAUUUGAUGUGCGAGAUGGUCCAUGUCAUAACACUUAAAAUUAAUUUUAUGGAGUUUACAUCGCUCCUCCUUUCGUGGUGAUGCUAAUGUCCUGUCCAGGCCAGUGGGGGGCAGGAGAGGAGCAUUUGCGACUUAGGCACCACUGUUGUACGGCAGCUCGCUCGCUUCCCGUCAUUCUGAUGAGAGCGACCAAACUGAGAGUGAUUGUUCUCUCUGUUUGUACUGUUUUGCAGGACAUAAACAUCUAGCUGCUGGUCCCGCCACUCGGGACCUGCAACAGUGAUCAUGAUUAUUGGGCCUUUCUUCGUCUGCUCCAAAAAUUAGAAUGGAACCAGAUGUUUAGCUGAUGCAGUUUGAGGGUCUAUGAGCUUGGGCCUUAGCUUGAGAGGGGCAGGAGACCAGGUUCUCUCGACACUCUGCAUUGUAUGAUUUAAAUGGAGACAACCACCAUUUUUUUCAGAUGGGACGUGUCUAUUAACUAGUAUUCAACCACUGUAUGAAGUUUAAGCAAAAGCAGCACAUCCUUUUUAAUUAACCAGGCCUUCUCACAUACAUCUUUCAUCAGUGAGGUUUCUAGCAGACUAAGUUACAUCACUAUGAUUGUUAUAUUUUGCAAAAAUGAGCAAAUCAGGCGAUUUUAACCUACUAGUGGCAGUUCUUACAUAUACAUGUCACGGUUUAUGUUAAUUUCCGGUUUUAUGUUGAAAGGACUUCCUGUUUCACCUCAGCUGUUUUCUGUCAUUCUGUUCCUGUCGCCGCUCCGGCGGUUCACAUCUCCGUUCCUGCCGCCACUCCGACGGCUCCAGCCCAAGCUCCAGACGCCGCAGUCACGGUUAACCACACGGACCCAGUCACAGAGAGCCAGUCCGCGCCGCUCCCAGCGCCUCAAACAACGGACAGUCGCAGGUCCCCCGGACGACAUCGCCAAAGGCGCGGUUCCAGAACCCCGGGUCCCGAGACCUCGGUCGUGGUGACCGAGCAGCUCUCUUCCCCGGCAGAGGAUUCCCUUGGUUCCCCGACUGACUGUGUCUCUCUGAUAGCAGGUAUCCCAGACAGCGUCGCCAGGCGGGUCCACCUCCACUGCUCUCCUCCGGUUGCGUUCCUCUUCGCCCACCUGAUGAGUACUGCUGAUUCGGUGACAGACCAGGGCACAAGGGACCGAUUAUUCAAGGAGGCAGCUGCCCUCAUCCUGAGGGAACCCACCCUGCGUGAGGCCCUGCAACUCCCAGGCCUGCAGCCAGCAGCCACACCAGGUCCUACUCCUCAGGAGCCGUUCCGGGGGGUGCCGGAGGUUCCUGCGGAGAUCCCUCUGCACCGGCCACACUCGCAGAGGCAGCUCCUGGUGGUCUGACGUCUGCCACGUUGACCCCGGUCCCUGGUGAUCUGGCACAGAUCACACCUGCCUCAGCUCCUUGUGGUCCGACCACGUCUGCCUCAGCUCUUGGUGAUCUGGUACAGAUCACAUCUGCCUCAGCUCCUGGUGGCUCGGCUCCGGCCACGUCUCCACGUCUGUCCUCGUCUCUGGUACCUGCCUCGUCUCUGGUUCCGGCCUCGCCUCCACGUCUGUCCUCGUCUCUGGUUCGUCUGCCGUACUGGUGGCCUCGCCCUCGUCACCUCCUGCCGGUUGGGUGGCGCUGCCUCCUGCGGCGACAUCCGCCUCGGCUUCGCCGUCGUCGGGGCCGCUCACCUCGGGAACGUCCCCUCCUGCCACGACGAUGGCGCGGUCUCUGCCGUCAUCGUCUGCCGCGACUCUGGGGUCCUUGGAUCACCUCCGUCGGGAGGAGGCUGGACUCCGCCAGCCUUGCGCUUGGGCAUGGGGAGUGCCGUCUUGGCCUGGCGGCCGUGCAACCUACCCUCUCCUCGCCACCAUCCCCCGUGAAAGGACAGUUUGGACCUUGUUUUUUGUGUUACGGACUCCACUUCCUGCCCUAUUUCAUGUUCUUGUUGUCGUUGUUUCUGUUUUAACCCUCCUCCGGUCCUCCCUCCGCCCACCCUGCUUGUUUGCCUUGUCAGGGAGGGAUUCGGUCCCUCCUCCUGAGACCACCCUCCGCCCGCCCUGGUUUGGGGGGGGGCUUCGUGGGCGCCGUGGUAGACUCCCUAGGGGGAGGGGUACUGUCACGGUUUAUGUUAAGUUCCGGUUUUAUGUUGAAAGGACUUCCUGUUUCACCUCAGCUGUUUUCUGUCAUCCCGGUUUUACCACGCACACCUGUCAGUAAUCAGUAAUCACACCCAGUAGUUAAGCACCACCUCAGCCAGCAGUCAGACGCCAGAUUGUUGUAUCCUUGCACCACUAUCCAGCGUUCUAGUCUUGUUCUCUCAUGUUGUUGAUCUUGCCUGCUUUUGACCGCCGAUUCCUGCCUGACCCUCCUCUGUACCUUCGUCUGGAUUGUGACGCUUGCCUGACCGUCUGACCAGUGAGUUUGUCUAGCCCUUUUCUGUACCGUCGCCGAGUCUAUCCGUGUACCGAACCACUGCCUGCCCCCUGGACCUGACCUCGCCUGUUCCUCACUGUACCUCAUGCUGAGACAUCCUGUGUAUGACCCGGACUGAUUGACGACGUUUGUACAAUAAAACCCUGCUUAAUUCA